AUGCAGCGGGGGCUGCGCGGCCCCGGCCGGCCGAGGCCGCGCUCUCGGGGCUUCCCCAGAAAGCGCCCGCCCGCCGCCCCCUCACCGGCGUCGGGCUCGACGGGUCGGGCCCCCCUCGCAGGCGGCGGCGGCCGUUCCGCCCCCGGACAAGAGCAGCACAACGCCCCGCCGCCGCAACAAGUCGCUCCGCUCCCCACCCCCCGGGGGCUGCGGGCGGGCUCCCGCCUGAGGCGGCCGCCAGCGCGGCGGGGGAGCGGGCCCCCACGGCCGCGGCUCGCCGCCCCCGCGCUGCUCUCCGGGGCGCCGCGGCAGCGGAGCCCCCACCCCCGCCGACAGCCGCCCGCGCUCUCAUCUCACCUCGUCACCUGGGGCUCCGCUCCCCCACGAACGGGGCGGGAGGGGACGAGACCCCGGGGUCGGGUGCUUAGUCGCGGCGCUCUCCGCUCCUCCUGGGGCAGGGCGGUGUCGCGUGUCGUGCCCCCCACCCCUCCGCCGCCGCAGCGGGGCAGGAGGCGCUGCGGGACCGCCCCGCUGCUGCUCGCGGCGCCGCCGGGGACAAGGCGCCGAGCGCGGCGGCGGCGGCUGACAGCUCCGCAAUAUGGCGGCGUCCGCCGCCGUUCAGAUUUCUCCCCCCCAACCCCCCCAUCAGAUGUCGCUCCUGCGCCCGCACUGAGCAUGCGCGGCGCGGACGGGCAUGCGCCUCAGGCGGCGCGAAGCCGCUGCCCGUAG